UUCAACUCAACACUUUACUUGUAAUUUGGUUCGUUCGUUGUUUCUAGAUGUUUGGGCCUAGGCUUUGGUGAAUGUAAGCUAACUAGACGCCACCCUUGGAAUUUUCCAGAAGGAUUUGUAACGGAGAAAGAAAGCACGCUCUCCCCUCCUCCUUGCUACUGCACUGCAUUGCUUGACAAAGAGUAUAGCAUCAAUGGCUUUGUAUGCAGCAAGACGCACAAUUGCAUCACCAAUAUCUCGCGCUUUAUUUUCCAUCUUCAAAUCCAACAACACUUUCCCUUUACCCAUUCCACGCCAUUUCACAUCCACCAACAAAACCAUCGACACCAAAAUAAACUUCUCUCUCUCCGACUCCGAUUCCGACGACGAAAACACCCCCACAACAACAAAACCCACCGAAAUUAGCAAAAACCUACCACCCCCUUACGACCCAUUCAGCAAAAAACCAGCAAUAGAAGAACCUGAAGACCCAAAAGACUUGCAACAAAUCUUCCACAAAAUGCGAACCGGUGACGGGCUAUUCAACCACGCAGUCAAGAUGUUCGACGCUUUGUCUCAACAAGGUUUAACUCACGAAGCAUUGGAGCUUUUCGGUCAGAUCAAAGACAAAAACCAAAUGCCCGACGUGGUGGCCAACACCGCUAUCAUUGAAGCUUAUGCCAAUGCUGGUCAACCAAAAGAAGCUCUUAAAGCUUACAUGCGUAUGCUUGCUUCUGGGGUUUGUCCUAAUGCUUAUACCUACACUGUUAUUAUUAAGGGACUUGCUUCUGAUGCUAAGUUUUUGAAGGAUGCGAAGAAGUAUUUGUUGGAGAUGAUGGAGAAAGGGAUGAGACCUAAUGCUGAGACUUAUGGUGCAGUGUUUGAGGGAUUGGUUACGGAGGAGAAGAUCGAUGAGGCAGAGAAGUUGCUCGAGGAAAUGAAGGGUAAGGGGUUUGUUCCUGAUGAGAACGCUGUUAGGGAGGUUCUUAGCAACAAAAGAGGACCUGUUUUUAGAACUGUCAUUAACAUUCUCUUUGGCAAAUAAUACCAAGUGAUUCUCUGUAGUGUGCGACUGGCUUCAUGAAAUGUGCGUAUAUUGUUUAUGUUCUUGUUUCAUGAAAAGUUUUAUCACUCUCACUACAGUCAUCUUUCAGCUUUUGCAUUAGCCUUUGAAAUGUGUGAGAAACUACAAUUUGUAGCUUUGGUUCAAAUACACCAUAGGAAUUACGAAGGGUCUCACUGUGAUACCUACAACUAUAGUUUCAAGUGUACUUUUAAAUUAAUUUAGUCUUAACAUGAAUAAGUGCCGUGAAAAUAAGGUAAUAGUGAGAUGUAUAGUUUGUUAGAUUUAUAAAGGCUUUCAUUCUUUCGGGAA